AUGGACAGCAUGCACCGCUACCUGCGGAAUGUGCGGAAAAACUAUGCGCACGAGAAGCUGCGCUUCCGGGUGCAAAUGCACGUGCGUGACCUUAACCUCGAAUUGUCACGAAAAAUUAGCCAAUAUUAUUAUGAAAUCGUGCGUCUCCAGGCAGCGGUUUCAACCCAAGCCAUUUCCACAAAAGCCGCUCAGAAUUUUUUGUACGUCUCGAAAACCGAGCUGAUGGCCGAGAACUGCUACGCGACGUGCCAAGAGUCGGGCGCCAGAUUUGUGGCAUAUUACUCGAACAAUACUUGUCAAUGCCUGGGAGUGCUUAAUAAUGUUGCGGGGAGUGUAGUGGAAUCAAAUUUGACGCAAGACAAGAGUAUCGAAGUGAAACUACGCAACAAUACGGGCAGCAACCUCACCAGGGACAUCGCGGCCAUCCGGAUGGACAGCAUGGACUCCCAUGACGUCUUGCAACGCAACUCAAGGAUGUGGAAUGUGCGGAACGAUGUCUCAGAA